AUGCCUAGACCAGUCGUUAUCUCCGGCCCCUCCGGUACCGGUAAGUCCACUCUCUUGAAGAAGUUGUUUGCCGAGUACCCAGACAAGUUUGGUUUCUCCAUCUCCAACACCACCAGAUCUCCAAGAGCUGGUGAGAAACACGGUGUCGACUACCACUUCACCACUGUCGAGGACUUCAAGAAGUUGAUCGACGAGGAGAAGUUCAUCGAGUGGGCCCAGUUCUCCGACAACUACUACGGUACCUCCAUCAAGGCCGUGGAUGACGUCUCGAAGCAGAACAAGAUCUGUCUUUUGGACAUCGACAUGCAGGGUGUCAAGUCUGUCAAGAAGAGCACCAUCGAUGCUCGUUACUUGUUCUUGAGCCCUCCAUCCAUCGAGUCUUUGAAGGAGAGAUUGGUGGGUAGAGGUACCGAGACUGAGUCUUCCAUCGCCAAGAGAAUUGCUGCUGCUGCCGCUGAGCUUGAGUACGCCGAGACCGGUGCUCACGACAAGAUUAUUGUCAACGAUGACUUGGACAAGGCUUAUGCUGAGUUCAAGGAGUUCAUCUUGGCCGAGGAGUAA